CUGCCAUAAUUUCCUAUCAGCCUAUUCAGACAACAUCACCAACAGCUUGGUCUGUGCGUGUGUGUGUGUAUGGGGGCAAAGCAGAGAGCGAGCGAGAGAGAGGCAGCGCACGAGAGGCAGAAAGAGAGCGACACAGAGAGCGACAGAGGGAGAGAGAGAACAGGGAAGGGGGAGGCUCCAUAUUCUUUCACCUACCCCCUGUCAAACCACAGGAAGGAGGGGCCAGACCCUAAGCUGCCAAUCAAAUCCGCUUGUGGCAGCCGGCAUUAUCUCAGCAACAAACUAUUGACAGAUUACAUGUCAAGGAGUUUAGUGCAUGAUUGAAGAAAGCCUUUUUUAUGUAGUUACUUUUCCGCUUAAUUUUCCCCUCCACGAACCAACAUUUGAAUGACUUUCUAACAGAGUUGAGUAAUAUUAUGAAAGUUACAUGUCUGAGAGGAUUUAACUUCGACUUCCCUGAAUAUGCUGAAAGGAGUUUAUGCACUGAAACGACCUCAGGAAAACCCAAGAUGGCCGCCAAAAGGAAAGGUGGCUUAAAACUCAAUGCUAUCUGUGCCAAGCUGAGCCGCCAGGUGGUGUUUGACAGUAGCUCCCAGAAUGCUGAGGGAGACCAGAGUGUAGCAGAAAACAGUGAGCGUGGCAGUUCUCACUACGAUGAUGAGACCAACUUCCCAGAGAGCCUUAACCUCAGUCAGAGCCUAGAGGAGGACCAGAAGAGACGCGAGGCCAUUGAGAAGUGGGUCAACGGCGAGUACGGCGAUGAACCGCCAGCUCCCGACGAUGAACAGGAGCAUGAACUCAAAGUCAGCAAUGGCGAAGAUCGCCCUCCUGAGGGCGUGUAUAUGGUUCAGCCCACAGGCUGCAGCGAUGACGAAGACAAUGCAGAGGAGGGCGAGCCAGUGGCAGGCUCUCAGGAAGACAGUUACCAUGACGACAAAGAAGCUGAAGUUAGGCCUUCAAAAGACAACACCUACAUGCCACCAAGCGAGGCCCAAAGUCGCCAAGCACCUUUCUCCUCAACAGGAGAAGCAUCUGCCCUGCGAGACUAUGCAGCCAACACCAUGAAUGAAUUUUUGGGAAUGUUCGGUUAUGAUGACCAGCAGGUAAGGGAUGAGCUGACCAAGAAGAUCAGCUUUGAGAAGCUCAAAGCUGCUACCUCAGACCCCUCAUCCCUCAGCAGUGAGGAGGCCUCACGGCGUGCUCGCUUCUCCAAGUACGAAGAGUACAUUCGCAAGCUAAAAGCCGGGGAGACCCUACCUUGGCCCAUGCAUGCUUCCCCACCCAAACCAGAGGACCUCAACCCAAAACAGGCCCAAGACAAGAGUGCUACAAUGCUCCACACGUCUGGGUGCCUCCCAGGAGCCGAGACACAGAUCUAUCCCCCCAGCCUGGACCACAAACAGCCAGGAGGACCUCAGCUGAGCACUUCUCAGCCACCAAAUCCCUCUCACAUCCAGAACAUGGUAUCCCGAGCCUCCAAGUAUGACUUCUUUAUUCAAAAGCUGAAGAUGGGUGAGAGUCUACAGCAGCAGAAUGGUAAUGCUUACAAGCGACCCUCCAAGUACGACCUGGAGAACGUCAAGUUUCUGCACCUCUUCAAGCCUGGUGAGGGCAACCCUGACAUGGGCGGUGCCAUCGCUUUUAAGACUUGCAAAGUGGGUCGUCCGUCGAAGUAUGACAUCAGAACAAUUCAGAAGCUAAUGCCAGGAAAUCCCGAGACCUCACUGAUGCCCAAUGUCCUCGCUACAGCACCAGGAAACCCGGGAGCUUCUGUUGUCCCCACCGUGAGCACAGCUGGGGCCAGCAUCGCCCCAGGGCUGACAAUAGACCAGACAGGACACUUAAGCUUCAACGCCGCUGACUACUUGAAGUCCAGCUUUUCCAAGACUGACUCCAUCACCACGGGCACUGUGUCCUCCGUUAAGAAUGGCCUGCCACCAGAUAAACCCGCCAGCGACGACAUCAACCUCUACCAGAAAUAUAUUGCCAGAGACAAAAACAUCAGGGGAGGGGAGGUAUCUUGCGUUUCAAUGGACACAGAACAAUGUCCCCCAUUCUGGAUUCAUUUUGAGCCUGCACUAAAAAGAUUCUCUGGAAGUCAACACUGUGGACACGUGCACUGUGCCUACCAGUACAGAGAGCAUUACCACUGCAUGGACCCUGAGUGUAACUACCAGGUGAGCAGGUUUACCAGUAAGCAGGAUGUAAUCAGGCACUACAACAUGCACAAGAAGAGGGACAACUCUCUGCAGCAUGGCUUCAUGCGCUUCAGCCCUCUGGACGACUGCAGUGUCUACUACCAUGGCUGCCACCUCAAUGGAAAAAGCACCCAUUACCACUGCAUGCAGGUGGGCUGCAGCAAGGUGUACACUAGCACCUCAGACGUCAUGACCCAUGAAAACUUCCAUAAAAAGAAUGCCCAGCUGAUCAACGAUGGCUUCCAGAGAUUUCGUGCCACUGAGGACUGUGGCACAGUCGGGUGUCAAUUCUAUGGGCAGAAGACUACACACUUUCACUGCAGGCGCCCAGGAUGCACAUUCACCUUCAAGAAUAAGUGUGACAUUGAGAAGCACAAGAGCUACCACAUCAAGGAUGAUGCCUAUGCCAAGGAUGGCUUUAAGAAGUUUUAUAAGUAUGAGGAGUGCAAGUACGAGGGUUGCGUGUACAGCAAAGCUACAAACCACUUUCACUGCAUCCGCUCAGGAUGCGGCUUCACCUUUACCUCCACUAGCCAGAUGACCUCCCACAAGCGCAAACACGAGCGCCGGCACAUCCGCUCCUCUGGGGUCAUGGGCCUCUCUUCCGCCUACCUGGCGCCAAAGGAUGAGCCAGAGGAAUCAAGCAAUGAUGACCUGAUGGACUUCUCGACCAUCAGCAGCAAGAACUCCAGCCUGAGUGCCUCACCUACAACCCAGCAGUCCACCACUGUAUCGCACCUGUUGGCCACACCUACCACUGUUGUCUCCUCCUCCUCUACAUCGGUCCACACCCUCAAACCCACAUCCUCGCUGCCCAGUGCAGGCCAGCGAAUGUCCAGCCUGCUGUCCCAGGCCCUCCCCAGCAACAUGCCCGUGGCCCUUGCUCUUUCUAACAAUGCCCUGGCCGCCUCCAAUCCGUUCUUCCCCAUAAUACCCAGGAUGCCUCUCCAACCACCUCCGCCAGCCGCUAGCCUGAUAUCUACAAUAUCUUCCGGGGCCCACUCCAUGCCCACCGACUCACUGACCCAAGGUUGCUCCACAUUGGGGGCAGAUGAAGCCAUGGCCUCUACCCCAACAUCCUUCGCCACCUCUUCCAUCAUGGAGAAGAUCUCAGCAAGCAAAGGUCUGAUAUCACCCAUGAUGGCCAGACUGGCAGCUGCUGCCCUGAAGCCCUCCAACAACCAAAACACAGGGAAUGGGCAGCCGGCUUCAGCCAGCCAGUUCAAUCUGGUUCAAGUGAAGCAGGAGCCAAUGGACAUCAACUCCGGGGCCUCCCAAGACUCCACGCAGGAGCACAGCCUGGACCUGAGCAAGAAAGACCACAGUAAUGAAUCAAACGGACACCCUGUACCAGGGAAUACAUCUCUUUUAUCCUCGCUUAUGAAUAAGAUGUCACAGGUGAACCCUGCCCUGUUCAGCGCCAUGAACCUGAAGACAGAGCUGGAGGCAAGCCAGGGCAGCAACAGCUCGGAGGCAGCACAGUAUCUGAACAGAGUGCUGAAGAGGCCCCUGCCAGAAAAACCCACUGAGAUCUGGAGGACAUACCUCCGCAGGUUUGACACAGAUGACUUCUGUGAGGCUCAGUGCGACUUCCUUCAGAAAGUGCACUUUCACUGCCUGGUAGAGGACUGUGGUGCACUCUUCAGCACUGUGGAUGGGGCCAUAAAACAUGCUAACUUCCACCUUCGGGCCACCUUGAAAGUGAAGUCUGAGCCUCAGUUUGGUGAGGGCAAGGACUCCAGUGAGGGAGCCUCGCUGCAGCCUGCUGCCCCCAUCUCUAUGGCCAACAAUCCCUCCAUGGAUGUGGCCCACCUCACCUCCUCUGGUGGUUAUAGCUCUCCUCCUCCCUCCCUGCUGGCCUGGAAGCAGCUGACCGGCAGCAUCCCUCAGAUGUCGGCCUCAAUGCCAAACCUGCCGGCCAACUCCCCUCUGGCCACUACCUCUCUGGAGAAUGCUAAACCUCAAGUCAAACCUGGUUUCCUGCAGUUUCAGGAAAAUGAUCCAUGUUUGGCUACUGACUGUAAGUACUCAAACAAGUUCCACUUCCACUGCUUGUUUGGAAAUUGCAAGUAUGUGUGCAAGACGUCUGGCAAGGCUGAGUCCCACUGUUUGGACCACAUCAACCCCAACAACAACCUGGUCAAUGUCCGUGACCAGUUUUCCUACUACUCUCUCCAGUGUCUCUGUCCCAACCAGCACUGCGAGUUUAGAAUGAGGGGCCACUAUCACUGUCUGCGGCCUGGCUGCUACUUUGUCACUAACAUCACCACCAAGCUGCCAUGGCACGUCAAGAAGCACGAGAAGGCAGAUCGCCGUGCCGCCAAUGGCUUCAAAUAUUUCACCAAGAGGGAGGAGUGUGGGCGGCUGGGUUGUAAGUAUAACCAAGUCAACAGCCACUUCCACUGCAUCCGCGACGGUUGCCAGUUCUCCUUCCUGCUCAAGCACCAGAUGACCUCACACGCUCGCAAACACAUGAGGCGGAUGCUGGGGAAGAAUUUUGACAGAGUCCCGUCCCAGGUGAUGCCACUUGGACAGAGGGCAGAUGCAUCCAGCAUGAUGGGGAGCCAUCCAGGUAUGAACUCCAGCUUCUCCUCCAGCAUCAUGGAGGAGACUGAUGAUUACAUGGACUACAUGGGAGGAGGGGGCAGCCCCUUGGGCCUGUCCUCCGAGUCCUCCAACCAGGACCGGAGCUGCACCAGCACACCCGUAGGCAACGAUGGUUCUCCAGCAGGACAAGGCUGGCUCGCCACCACUUCCGCUCCUACUACCCCAGCUGACACUAGCGCUACCCAAAAUGCACCUCCUUAUUCCCCUCCUCCUCCUCCUCCUCCUCCUCCCCCACCACCUCCUCCAUCCACUCUUCAGCCUGGCCUUCAGUCCCAGGCCCCAUCCCUCUCUCCUGCUCUUCUCCGACCUCCUCUUUCCUCACUCCCAUACCUCCUUUCUCCAUCCUGUCUGUCAUACUCUCUGCUCAGCGCCUCUCUGGGAGCCACUCGGAGUGUUGUCAUGCCAACCAACACACCAGCUUUCAGCCCCAUCAUUGCCACUCCGUCUCCGGUUAAAAAUGACGUCCCUAUAGUGCAGGAUGCUGCAGGCAACACCAUUUCCAUUCCCACGGCCACUGGUGCAAAGAAGCGCUUUUGGAUCAUCGAGGACAUGUCACCAUUCGGCAAGCGCCGCAAGACUGCAUCGUCACGUAAGAUGCUGGAUGAGGGGAUGAUGCUGGAGGGCUUCAGGCGCUAUGACCUCUACGAGAACUGCAAGGACUCAGGCUGCCAGUUUUCUCUGAAGGUGACCCACUACCACUGCACACGUGAGAACUGUGGCUACAAGUUCUGCGGCCGCACCCACAUGUACAAGCAUGCGCAGCACCACGACCGCGUGGACAACCUGGUCCUGGACGACUUCAAGCGCUUCAAAUCGUCACUGAGCUGUAACUUCCCUGACUGCCAGUUUUCGGGCAACAGCACCCACUUCCACUGUCUGCGCUGCGGCUUCCGCUGCACCGACAGCACCAAGGUGACGGCCCACCGCAAACACCACGGCAAGCAAGAUGUGAUCAGCGCCGCCGGCUUCUGCCAGUUUAGCUCCAGUGUUGAUUGCGAAGUUCCCGACUGCAAAUAUAAGCUCAAGUGCUCGCACUUCCACUGCACCUUCCCUGAGUGUAAGCACACGGUAGUGGGCAUGUCCCAGAUGGACUCCCACAAGAGAAAGCACGAGAAGCAGGAGCGGGGUGAGCUGCCGUCUGUGUCGCCCAAACAGGAAGGGAUGCACCACCUGGGAGGAAGUGUGUCUGCGGUCCCGCCCACCUCUGUGGGUCUUUCUACUUCCUCACCUAGUGGCCUCUACGGGUUGUCUCGCAGCAUUAACAGCAGUGCUCCCUCCAUGCUUUACCCAACAGAAGGCAUUGGGUCCGAGUAUAACCACCUGUACCCACAGUCCUCCAUCAGCCUGGACGGCUCCCUCAACCUGGGCACUGACACCAGCAGCUCCCUGUUCUUCCUGAAGAAUGCAGCCGGUCUGGGUCUCAGCGACUCACUGGACCUCAGCAACAAAAUGCACCACGACGCAGCGCGAUCUAGCCACAACUCGGCAACCCAGCUGGCUCUGCCAGCAGCUCAGGACGACACCACAGGAACAUCUGGAGAGGCUGAAGAUGACCUGUCGCCAGAGGAGGAGGUGCAUGCAGAGGAGGAAGAAGAAGAGGAGGAGGAGGAGGAGGAGGAAGAAGAGGAGGAGGCAGACCUCAACAGUGACUCAAAUGAUGAUUCAAUGGCUGAGCCAGAUGGUGAAAAGGACAAUGGCGAGAGUUUUGAAUCUUCCGUUAACCACACUGAUACUUCCCGACUGGAAAAGCAAGACGUUGACCCAUAAAAAAACAAAAAACAAAAAAAACUACCAGUCACUGUAGGAACUGAAGAAAUACUCUGUGUACUAUGAACAAACAAAAAUGAAAGUGGCCUCAUUUAUCAUGUUUAGAGACUUCCCAUGACAACAAAAAACAACAGUGCGGAGAAAAAUGACGGCCCAAAAUGAUUUAUUGUGAUGUUUACAAGAUGACCAACAUUAUUAAUUCAAUUAUGCAUUAAAAAAUAUGAACGGAGACACAGAAUUAGGCCCUGGUUUACACACGGGGCAGCAAUGUAAAGCAUUUUACUACACAUCAGUCUUUUUGUGUGCGUGCAUGUUUGACUUUAAUUUAUUUUAAUUUUUUUCACCUUUUUUGUGUGGAUAAAAAAAAGAAAAAUGUUAGAAAAACAAAAACAAAUCUCUCUAUAUAACUAUAUAUGUAAGUGUGUGUGAGUGUGUGUGAACGAUGAUAUACAAAAGGAAAUUGCUGGCACAGGCGACAUGAACUGCAGGGCCUUGGAUGCAUAGAAAAAGGGACGUGAAUCACUAAGGGGAAACAGGAUGCGUUCAAACAUUUGAUCUUUUUUUCUGUAUUAAUAUGAUUAUUAUUAUUAUAAAACACUGAGAGGAAAGGGAGUUACCUUUUGCUUGUUCCCAUCUCUCUGAGAUGCUUUCUUUGUUCUCAAUAACAUGGAAUUGACCAGUAAAUAUUUGGUCAGUGUCCCAGCAAGCUGCUGGUCUCAACAGUUCUCUGACAUUAUGCUGGAAUUAUUCUACCAGCACCAAAACCAAGCUUAGCCCUUGUAAUUUUACCCCCCUGCAGAGGAAUCAAGUUUGGGUGUGGAUAGUGCACUUUUAUAUUAGCUGACCACGAUGAUUACUGAUGAUAACUCAUAAGCAUAUUUAAAAAUAUUUUUGUUACCAUUUGCAUCUUUGCAUUACAAUGUUGUUUUGUUGUGUUGUUAGUCAGAAGCAUAUCGAUCUGUAAACAGGCGAGGUUGUGAUUAACGACCGGAGAUUAAGGCUAUGUGUGUAUGUGUGUGUGUGUGUGUGUGUGGGGGGGGGUAUUAGACUGACCAGAGGAAGCGAUGAGUCACUUAGAUGCCGAGCAAGGGGGACGCCAAAGGUAGCGUCAGGGAGUGUGUUUUAUGUUGAAAAUUUACAGAGCGAAAAUGUCUCAACGGCAUUUUGUUUCCAUUCACUAUGGCUGUGGUUGAGCUCCUGUUGUAACGGUUUUUAUUUAAUAUUUAUGUGACCUUCCAAUGAGAAAUUUCUAGGGUGUUAUUGCACUUUUUAGGUUCAUUUUUACCGUCUGAAAAAAAUGAUAUAUAUCUUUUAACAGGGAAUUUUGCUUUAAAGAUGUUUUAGUUCACUUUUGCUUUAAUGCACAAAUAGAUGUUAGUGUGACAAAGAACUGUUGUUCUGUGAUUUAUUUAAAGACUGGUUUUUAUUUUGCUUCUGUGAUUCGACAGUUCGGGGAAAAAAAGAAAAUAGGUGUGCCAGAAAAAACGGUGCCCUGAUGAGAAACACUAAUACGGACUGUAAUUUGCAAUGAAUUCUUAAGAAGUUCAUUGCAAUGCUCACUUACUGUAGUACUAAAUUAUAAAUCUGUCAAAGCCACCCUCGGGUUUAUGUGCGACCGAGAAGUGGACACAUUGAUCAUGAAUUAUCAUUGGAAAUAAGCAAUCAUAAUAUAGGGAAUAAAUGUGUGUAGAUGAUAUUCCUUCAUAUGUUUUGAGAAGAAAAAAAGGGUUGUACAGUAUUUUCCUCUGUAAAAAAUAACUAUAUAUGAACAAAAUGCUCUUUGAUGAACAGCAUCCUUUAAAAAGAAAACCGUUAAGAGGAGAAAUGAAUAAUAAAAAGUUAAAAAUUCAAAUAGCCUCAUCAUAGUUUGCUUGUGUGCGUGACAUUUUUUAUUACCCCAGAUUUUCGGGAGAAAAAUUGUUCAUACUGUAGCAUUGAUUCCGUUAUGUUUGCAGUAUAUAUUUUUUCUUUUUCCAACUAUGUCAAAAGCUCAAACUAAAUACACUUGUUGGAAUUCAUUAAUCAAUGUUUCUGUUUUAUUUAACGUCUCGUUUUAUUCAUUGUCAUUUUUCGGUGUGAUUAUUUUUUUCCCUCAUUAAUUGAAAUUCUUGGUUUGUAUUUACUUUGCUGUGGGCAUGCCUUGUUCACAGACUCAACUGUCCCCGGGGACUCUGGUGCGAAGCAGAGGCGUCACGUUUGUUUUGUUUUCUCAUCAGAUAACUGUAUGGGCCGAGACAUUGUGCACUUGAAUUCUGUGUGUGUGUGUGUAUGUGUGCGUGCGAAUGUGCGUAAAAUAGCAGGAUUUGUAAAAAGUUGAAAAUAAAAAAAACUAUAAUUAUAAUAACAAUACAAAUGCAGUGAUUGGUAGUACUUCAGCCUGAAGACAUUUUGGGUCACAUGUGGAGAGAUAAGGUGCUGCUGGACAACAGCAAGGCAAAAGGUCACAGCACCGAUCUCUCUGUCUCUUUUUCUAUCUUUCAGUGACACUACUGAAGUGUGUGUGUGUGUGUGUGUGUGUGUGUGUGUGAGUGUGUGCGUACGUGUGUCUGUCUCCCCCUGAGAUAGACAGAUAGGCCGUGGUUGUAAGAACACAGACCUGUGGCUCCGUCCCAGCUGCUCUGAGCUUCGAUUCAUAUUUCAUGACCUUGUGCGCCUUUUCCCUGCUUUGUUCCGCUUUAAAUCCAUCUGGGACACUUUUCUGUCACAGAAUUUGAAGAAAACAAAAAAACAAACAUCUGCAUUUAUGCAGGUAAAGGAAUCAACAAUAUUUGUUGUUGGGUCGCCCGUUCAUGCUUGUCAUUUUGGUGCGAGAACAAGAUCAGAGCCGAGGACCAUUAGGGAGAGUUAGAGGCCUGCUACUGCUAACAAGAUGGCUCUCUGUGUCUUGUUCCGUGUUAACAGGGCACUUUAUUUUUUAUUUUUUUGCCUUGAGCCAUGUGCUGGGUUCUCCUCCCACUCCCUCAUGUCACCCAGUGGCCAGUGUGCUGGUUCUCUCUGUCCCUUCGUCUACAGCUGUUCCUGUCCUUCCUCCUUGUGAUGUUUUUUUUAAUAAUAAAAAAAAUGGGUAAAGUCAUCACCAUCUGUCAGCCACCUGGCAUCCUGUAUAUAAUCUACCAGAAAAAAAGAAUAAACAUGAAAAUUAUAUUACACAAAAACCAGACGGAAACGACCUCCAAAUCCUGCAUAGGCUGCUGCCGAAACGACAGAUCAUUUUACUGUUUUAAUUAACAGAGUAAAAAGGAUGGUAUAAAAAAGUGGUGGGGAAAUAAACUGAAAUGUAUUACCACUGCUGGGAAAAACGUAAUAUGAAAGCCUCCUGCUUACUGCAGCGUAGUGGAUAAACAGAGCAACAUUUUAGACUUUGUAAAAAUAUAUUGCACUUUUGGACUAAAAGCCAUCUUCCAUUUGCGUUCAAUUUGGCUAGACUCAUGAGACAUUUUAUAUGAAAAGUAGACAAUGAAGCAAUUUUUUAAAAGUCUCUACUUGAAUUUGUUGCCCUCAGCACUACUAUUCAUUCUUGUCAUAUUGCUUAUUUCCACUUGGAUACAGUGCUGUUUAUCUUCAUUGUACUAUAUUUAUGUUUUUCCUGUUUCUGCAUGUCUUAUGCAAAGAUUGAGCUUUUCAUUCAGUGAAAUAAAAACAUACUGAACGACUUUA